AUUCUUAUAAGUCAAAUUUGACAAAAAUGGAUCAUGCUGAAGAGCAGAAAGGUGAAGUAGAGGCAAUAGAAUCUAUAUACUAUGGUGAUGUACAAAUUAUUUCGGAAAGUCCAUACUACAAAUUCUCUAUACCGAUAAAAACCGAGGAAUAUGAUGCAGAAGAAAGCCAAAAUGGGUUAUGUUGCGAUCUUGUUUUCACGUAUACUGCUAAAUAUCCAGAAGAAGCGCCAAUAAUUGAAAUAGAAAAUCUAGAAAACUUUGAAGAAAAUUAUGAGUCUGAGUUGCUUACAUAUUUAGCUGAACAAGUUAAAGAAAAUUUAGGAAUGGUAAUGGUUUUUACUAUUGUAUCAUCAGCACAAGAGUGGCUUAAUGUUAGGUAUGAAACAGUUAAAAAAGAACAAGAAGAAAUUGCCUCUAAAAUAUUAAGAGAAGAGGAAGAAGUAGAAAGAAAGAGGUUUGAAGGUACAAGGGUAACAGUGGAAACCUUUAUGAAGUGGAAACAGCAGUUUGAAGAAGAAAUGGGUAUUACCAAAAAGAAAGAAAUUGCAGAAAAAGAAGGCAAAAAACUAAGUGGUCGUGAACUGUUUAUGACAGAUAAUACACUAAAUGAGUCAGAUUUGAAAUUCCUUGAUGGGGAUCCAGUCAAAGUAGAUGAAUCACUAUUCCAAAAUAUUGAAGAUUUAGAUUUAGAUGAUAGUGAAGAUGAAGAUUUUGAAGUGUCAGAUGAUUUUGAGGGCUCAUCAGACUCUGAAGAUUAUAAUUGAUUUUUUGUUGUAAUUUUUUAUUAAUUAUAUUUAUAUUAUUGCCA